GCGGGUGACGGUUGGGGAGGGCAGCGAUUUGGAGACUAGCUGGGGAAACCUUAGCCAUCCGCCCCGCCCACGGAGCCCGACUCUCCAAAGCCUGGGAUUAGGGGCCUGGAGGCUGGCACCACACCCUGGCCAGGUGUUCAUAACAGGACCAGGUGCGCAGCUGCCCCGCCCCGGGAGCCCUGAAUAAUGGCUGAGAACGCGAGGAACAGGCCGCAGCUGUGCCUAGACAAUACCGGGAGGGCACCCGAGCUAGCAGGUGUCUACCCCACCCCCCAGGGACAGUCGGUGGAGGCCGGGGGCGGGGUGGGCAACAGGUGCUGACACAGGAACCGCACCGGGGGACAGAGUCUACUGAGACAGAUGGCAGCUCCCGCUCCGCCGGCCAAGUUGCGCGGUGCCCUCCGGGACGCAAGGGGCGCUGUGGCUGCGCUGACACAGACAACGUUGCAAUCCCAUCACUCCUGCGACCCGGUUACUACACGCCGGGCAGCCAUGGCCACCGCUCUUGCAUUUCGACACCUGUACCGAGCGCAACCUUCCCGUCUCUGUCGGCACGUGGAUCUGCUGUGGAGGACACCGCGACGGGGCCACAGGCUCUCUCCCGCGGAUGAUGAGCUGUAUCAGCGGACACGCAUCUCUCUGCUCCAAAACGAGUUCCCUCAGGCUGUGUACAUCGACAGCUACAAUAGCAGAGGCUUCACGAUCAACGGAAACCGCGUGUUUGGCCCUUGCGCGCUGCUCCCACAGACGGUGGUCCAAUGGAAUGUGGGAUCCCAUCGGGAUAUCACCGAAGAGAGCUUCUCUCUUUUCUGGAUGCUGGAGCCUAGAAUAGAGAUUGUUGUGGUGGGCACUGGAAACAAGACCGAGAGGCUGCACCCCCAAGUGCUACAGGCCAUGAGGCAGCGAGGCAUCGCUGUGGAGGUGCAGGAUACGCCCAAUGCAUGUGCCACUUUCAACUUCCUGUGCCAUGAAGGUCGAGUCACCGGAGCCGCCCUCAUUCCCCCUCCUGGAGAGACCAUGCUCACUUCUCUGCAAGAGACAGCAGAGUGAGACAGAGGGACAGCCAGGCGGGCACUGGCACUCUGCAGAGUGCAGGGACUCCCAGUGCUUUCCCAACUCUGCCUGUUGAGGCUUCCAACACUUGUCAUGCUUACCAGAUAAUAACUUAUGCUUCUCCUGUAUACAAGUA